AUGCCCCCUACCAUGCCUUCAUCAACCAAACCGACCAUCCAACCACCGGCAAGCUUCCCCAUGGAGCUGCACCAGAUGAUCACAGAGGACGGGCGGUUCGUAGACAUACCUGUAGACCUCCUCCGCUAUCCUCCUCCCAAACCCACCGAGUUCCUAUACUUCCAACAAUUCUACGAGGAUGCAUCAACGCUCCGCCAGGACCUUGACCGCUGCAAGACCGUCGAGGACGCGAUCGACCUCUUGGCCACUGAGCUCGAGUCAAUGCACGCACUGAUGUCUGGCUACGUCAAGUGCCUUGUUUCAGUAACUCAGCAAUUCGACAAGAAGUAUGCGGACGUGAUAGAGCGGCAAGAAAAUCUGAAAGGCGACUUCGCAUUUAACAAGAACUUGGUACUCCACGAGAUGCAGCUUCUCGGACGACUCAAGCGGGGCUAUGCCCUUCUCAAGGAGAAAGUCGACCUCAAGGUGCGAAACUGCUCGGGCUUGACCAAGCUCCCCAUCGUCAAGGAGGUCCCACCGCGGCGAACCCAUCCACCCAUGACCCCAGAAGAGCAAGUCAUUCAGAAACAGCGGUCUUCCGAGUGGUCCACAGUGCAGUUCAACACCGCUCGCGUCUCCAACGCCGCCCGCCUCGGUCGCGAGAAGGAUAUGGUCGACGAGCUCGCCCGCCCCUCGCUGCGCCACUCCGAUUCUGCCGCCUCUGAGAAGGGAAAAGGUACCGACAGAGCCGACCGCCCCGAGCGCGAGGACUCGAACAAGCCGCUCGAGCCUCGGGUCAUCGUGAAGGUCAAUAAACUCGCCGAGGGCCUCGAGGUAAUGGGCGAGACGUUCGCGCGCGUGCAGAUGAAGACGGAGAGGGAGUUUGAGUACUUGCGCUUCCGCUCCGCGGAGGCGGCGCAGAAUGCGGCCGAAUUCUGGUCAUUGUACGAGCAGACCAAGACAGUGACCUAUGGCGUGGGGUGGGACAUCAAGGAACUUGGACGCAUCCACACAGCAUACACCAAUUGGGCAGAGCGGCCGGAGCCUGGGAGCAGCACGACCGGCGAUACAGACAUCUCUGGAUCUUCUGCGGCGGCGAACGGCUCCUCGUCGAGCGACCCUGCACAAAACGCCUCUUCAUCUUCACCCUCGGAUACUUCUUCAGCAAUGCCCGCCAAUGGUCACGUUUCCCAACCGUCCAAGGCCGUCCCCGUCCCUCUCGAUUCCAAGCCCUUUACCACUCCCGUCCUCCCGUCCGGCGCGUACGCCGUCUGCAUCACCAUGGAACACGCCAAGCCACUCGACGAGCUUACGCGUGAAGAAGCCAUCGCGGCCCUCGCCUCCCUCCCUCAACAGUUGACCUUCGUGCCGUACGAAACGAUUCAAACCCUCGAGACCGAGAAGGAGCUCGAAGCGCUGUCGCAGGAGCAGAAGAAGCUCGACGAGUCCAUUGAGAGCUGGGGAACGCAGAUCCCGAAGGAGCUUGGCAUCGACGCUGUGGUGAACGGGGAAGUUCCUAUCACCAUGGUUCCGAACAAGAGGACGGAGGUGUACGAGGAGUCUGGACCUUCGGGAGCGGGGAAGGCCGCGAAAGCUGUCGAGUCGACCUCUAGUAAGGGUAAGGGAGAGGAGACAUCCCUCAAGAGAGCUAGGGAGCCGGAGGCUGUCGAGGUACAGAACGGUACUGGUGUGGAUGCACAUGCGGAGAAACCGGCGGCAAAGAAGCCGAGGCGUGCACGGAAAGCAUGA